AAGCAACGUCAUGUGACAUCGCUUAUAUAAAAGGGCUAUUCGCACUUGCGGACCAUCACUCUGCCGUAGCAAGCGGCGAAGAAAGGUAGUCGUAAGAUGAGGACGUUUCUGUCAUUUUCGUUGUUGGUGGUGGCCUGCUAUGCCGCCCCACAAACUGUCUACGUAAACAACCAAUCCCCGUCGCACCUCUACAUCAACACUGCCAGCGGUACGACGCAGAUUCUGAAGGAAGGCCUCCGAAGUACGUCUGACAUCAUCCAGCUGGUGCUCUACCCAUCUGACAAUGAGAGCAACAGCCCAAAAGAAGCAAGCGUCCUUCUUAUGGGAAGCAUCCGCGGAUUCUUAAAACUUCGUCAGGACCAACCACCUGUUGGUAAGACCCAUAUCACGGGGCACAUCACGGGUCUGACACCCGGCCCCCACGGGUUCCAUAUCCACCAGACAGGCAACCUCACCGAGGGCUGCAAGUCAACCGGGGGCCACUAUAACCCUUUCGAGCGUGUGCACGGUGCUCCCCAUGACCACGUUCGCCAUGUUGGUGACUUGGGUAACAUCGUGGCAAAUGAGAGAGGCGAGGCUCUUGUGGACAUCACGGACCACCAGGUGACUUUGGUGGGACCCAACAGCGUCGUGGGACGAGCCUUCGUCGUGCACGAGGGUCGCGACGACCUGGGACAAGGAGGACACGAGACCAGCAAGACCACCGGCAACGCUGGCGGCAGAGUUGGAUGCGGAGUCAUUGCUAGAGCUUGAACUUCAGACGUCGAGGAUUUAAAAACUAUUGACGAUAAUUUUGAAUUAGGUAUAUUUUUUGACGACAAAAGGUUUAGGUUUUGACGACAGUAUUGGGCCACUCAUUCUGGCAUAGAAUCGAGAAUGACCUAAUAUAAAAUAAUAUGAAAUGACUUGAGAAAGAAACAACAAUCAAUAGUUGAAUUGAUAAUGCCGUGUUCGACUGUUGGCUCCAUAAGACUAACCGAAGCAAGUUACCAACCAAUGCGACCAGUUGAUUUUUAGCACAGCUUGUUGUUGAUUAGAUUCGAAACAUCAAAGUAAUUCCAUGGUUUGGUAUUAUGCAAGUCACAGUGGCAUCAGUGUUAUCUGCUCCACUCAACUUAGCCGUUUCUCUCAUCAAAUGAAGUUGAUAUUUGAUUAAAAAUUAUUUGAGAUAUGUUCUUCUUUAAGACUCAGUAGCAAGUUUGUGAGAAGAUAAAUAAAAUUAUAAGUGUC